AAAUAGACUCUACCUUUGAAUUCUGAUUUCUGCUCAUUUACUCUUCAUUCCUCCCUCACAUGAUCUCCCUUUCCCCCGCGCCAAACAGCACCUCCUUACUUAUUCUCUCUAAAUACUCCAAGUAAAUACACAGCCAACCACGCUUCACUCUCAUGUCUUCGCAUUCCUCUCUCUCAACUCUCUCCAAUUCUCCAAUGGAAGCCUUUUGCGUGCUCGAAUUCCAAACGACGUCGCCUGAAUCACCGCCUGAGCAAACUGAUGACGAGGACUCCUUUUUUGAUCUGGUUCUCAAAUCGCCUGACAUCCGAUCUACCGAAUCUCCCGGAGAUGUAUUCGGGAGAGGAAACGGUUAUGUGAAUUCGAGGCCUCUGUGUAAAGUGACACUCGUGAGAUCGACUCCUAAAUUCAGAGUUUUCAUGUUAGGUUUCGGGAAAUCGGUGAAAUGCGAGAGAUCGGAGACGAAACGGAGUCCAUUGAUUCAUUCUCCCAGAUCUCCCAAGGUAACAUGCAGAGAUGAGAAAACGCGUGUGGCCGGAGCCAGCAGUUUGAGAAGCCAGCUUCUGAAAGAGACUUCCGAUUACGAAAGCUCGCCGGAAAAGUCGUCGAGAGGUUUGAUUCCUAAGUAUCUGAAGCUAAUUAGACCUCUCUACUUGAUGGUUUGGAGGAGGCAGCACGAGAAGAAGAAGCCAACGGAAUCCUCGACGCCGUUUGCGUCUCCGAUGACGCUUCCUUCGCCGAAAAGGAUUUCCGACGGUAGCAGGAUCGGCAGCUUUAAGAUCGCGGCGAGGCGUUUGGGGAAAAGCCGAUCGGUUUCAACGGCGGUAGGCAUGUCGCCGCAACCAGCCCGCCGGCGAGACGAUUCUCUUUUGGAACGACUCGACGGAAUCCAAAACGCUGUUCUGUACUGCAAAAGCUCCUCAUCCAAAGAAUUUUCAAACAUAUUUCAAUCUUCAGUUGAUCACGGUAAAAGUUCAUAUGAAGAGUCAAAGAGAUGCAGCAUUUGAAUCAGAAAUCAAACAGAAAAAAGAUGCAAUGUGAUGACGGCUGUGAAUUAUUGGAACUAUGAUUAUAGAAUAUGGAAGAUUAUUGUUUGAUUACAAAGAAGCCGGUGUUUGUGUGCAGCGUGAAGAUGGCAGUUAGUAUUGAUAUUUGUAUAUUAAAGCCAAUUACUAUAUCCGUAUCAUUUUUUUGAUUUUAAAUUUUAAACUCGGUUUCACAGCCUCUCCACUCGCAGUCAUGUUUUAAAAAUAGUAAAAACUGAGAGCAAUGAUUAA